UUCUCAAGUACCCCCGUGGAUAGGCCAAGUACCCCCAGGGGUCCUAGUACGCCUGGUUGGGAACCACUGAUGUAGAGAAACCCAGGGGCUCAACAACAGCAUAAAUACAUCUCAAGCAAUAUUUGGGAAAAGUCAGCAAUGCAGUUUGAAGAUCUGACCCCUUAGAAUUACACACACACACAGUGAGACAGACAUACACACACAAAGGUAGAGAAAAGAGCAGACCAAGUUGACCAUCUUGGCAUGAAAAGAGAUUUGAAAAUCAAAAAAUAUAGCAGGUCCACAUGGUGUUAUCACCAGAAGAAUUGAGAGUGGAUUCUUCUCACUGCCUGGUGGGCAAGCACCUUUAGCCACUCUAGUCUUCAUUCAGACAGCUUAGGAGUUGGAGCAGAGGUGAGUGUCAGCCUGUGGCAAUUCAAUAAGUUAUAGAAGUCAUUUUAUUGCUGUUUCAGAUGGCAGGGUUAGCAAACAUAUUCUCAUUAUGGUGAUAUUAAUAUAGCGUAACAAUUAUCCAUUAUUCAAAGUUUCCAUUAUUUUAAGUUUAAACAAAUAGGAUCAGAUGAGUGCUGUUUGAAAAAAUUGUAAAACAGGUCUAAAGUAGAUACAAGAACAAAUGACAAACUACACCGACAUGGCGACAGUAAACUCCCACUACAGCAAAUAUACAGUACGUUAUGUGAAAAUGCCCUAUCUGCCAAGCAAAGACUGCUUGAUGACUGACAGGGAAUGUAUCCAAUCACUGCCUUCCAAAGUCACAGGGCCAGAGCGCCAGGCGGCCCAGCGUGCCGACAACAGGGGAACGAUCCGCGGACAAACGAUGUUUUUCGUGCACCGAAAUGUUUCUUUGCCAGAAGGUUCACGAUUUUAAAAGCGUAUCGUUGAAUCAGUGCAUUAUUCGCUUAAAGACGGAACGGAGAGUGCAUUGUUGCUUCUGCGGAUCUUUGUGGCUACCUCACGACGGAUUGCCCAACGACAGUAGAUGAGAGGCUCCCUCCCUGUUGUCCUGACAUCACAGAACAUCAUAGUGCGAGACAUGAGGAAAGAGGCUAGCUAAACUAGACUUUACAAAUCAUUGUUACUGGUUCAAGCCCUAAAACUCACAACACACUGUUUGCUCGCUAACAGACUUCAAAGUCUUCAAUUCAACCAUCGAGGCACACUUGUAUCAGGAUUGUAACACUGAGAUAUAACUCAGACCAGGACUGGAUACUUUUUCUCAUUCAUUUAAUUGUGCUGACUAACACAGACACGGUCCUACAAAAACCGCCUUGCAGUAGCCAUGGAUGACCAGCAGGAGGACCCAGAGGGCAUGUACGACGUGCAGCACCAGUACAUGUGCAGCGAGUGCCACCAGCUCUUCAAUACCCUAGAAGAAGUGCUGGUACACCAGCAGAUCCACACAGGGCAGGAGGGAGAAGAGGGGGAGACUGGGGAGGCCAUGGCCAUCCAGGGCAUCUCAGAGGACGGGGAGAGCCAGUACCAGUGCCUGGAGUGUGGCGCCCUCCUCAGGAACCCAGAUGAACUGCUACUGCACCAGGAGCUGCACAUGAGAGAGGCAGGGUUUGAGACAGAGGAGCAUGAACUCUGUGAGGUGUUGGAGACAGACGAGGCAGGGACAGAGGGCCAGGUGUCUGGGCCCAUCCAGUACCAGUGUCUAGACUGCCUGGCCCUGUUUGACUCUCCGGAGGUGUGGCUGGCCCACAGACAGACCCACAGCAAGAGCAGCACACACAGUGCCACAGAGACUGAGUAUGUGCUGCAGCCCGAUGGUACUGUGACACCCUUGGUCAGUGUUCAGAACUUUGUCUUGAGUGAACAACAAGCCGGGGAGAUCUUAGCACAGGUCCUGGCCCAGCAGCAGCAACAACAACAGCAGUCUGCCCCUCAGCCCUCGACCCCCUCCCGGGCCACCUUCCUACCCCCCGCCUCUCCCCUUCUCGGCUCGGCCACCAUGCGUCUCCAGAUCUGCAGUGCCCAGGCCCUGGCCGAUGGCUCCAGUACCCCCGGCCUACGGCGUGCCAAGCUGCUGCCCCCUCUGCUCACUCCUCUUGGGGUGGGCUCAGUAGGAAAGCUGGGGGUCCCAGAGAACGGCCUCCAGAGACUGGAGGUGGCGCUGUCUGCUGUCCGGGAGGAGAAACAGCAGCAGGGGGAGGUGGUGAUCUUCCACCCCUAUGAGUGCUCUGAGUGUGCCCUCCUCUUCCAGACCCCAGAGGACUUCCUGCAACACCAGGGGGAGCACUUCCUGGCCCAGGAGAAGGAGAGCGGCGAGGACGGGGUGAUGAUGGGAUACGAGGAGGACAGAGGGACGGAGGAGGAGAGAAGGGAGGAGAAUGGGGGGAGGGUGGCAGAGGAGAGGGGGAAGGGAACAGGGAGACGCGCCCUGGCUAAAAGAUCUGGAAACACACCCCUAUGCCUGCAGUGCAGCCAAUGCCAGCGUACCUUCACGUCAGCCAAUCGCCUGGCGGCUCACAGGCGCGUGCACGAGCAUGGCACGUACGAGUGCCGGGAAUGUGACAAGGUGUUUAAGAAGGCGGCGUCGCUGCAGACACACAUGCGCACUCACUCCGGGGAGGCUCGGUAUCUGUGUGUGGACUGUGGUCACGGCUUCAACACCGAAAUGACCCUCAUCAUACACAGGAAGUCUCACACAGCAGAGCCGCUCCACAGGUGUGAGCACUGUGCCAAGACCUUCAGCAAUAUGACCAAGUUCCUGUACCACCGUAGAACACACACCACCAAAGUGGCCACCGCUACACCUACCCCUGUCGUCCUGGUCCCAGCAGCCCCCAGGAGGGUGUCCCUGUCAGCCCUGUCCAUCCUUCAGAGAGCCCGGGCCCUGAGGGAGGGGGACGGAGGUGAGGGCAGCCCCAUGGAGGCGGAGGGGGGCGAGGAGAACCUGAUGGCCCCACUCACUGAGGCUGAGAUGGAGAUAGGCGGGUCGGGGGAGGACACUGCCUCCAGCUCCCUGAGCAGGGCAGAGGGGGAAAAGGAGAACGGGGUGGAUGUGGAGGGGACACUAGGGGGCAGUGGAGAGUCCCAACCUGGAGAACAGACCGCUGAUCCUGGUUCCUCUACUGACCCUAACCCCUCUGGCCCCCGGGGCACGUUCCCCUGCCCCUCCUGCUCUCAGUCUUUCCCCUCCCUGCUCCGCCUGGUCAAACACCGCCAUACGGCCCACGUCUCCGAGAGCCGCUUCAAGUGCUCCGUGUGCACCAAGACCUUCAAGAAGCAGAUGCACCUACGCAACCACCUGCGCACACACACCGGCGAGCGGCCCUUCCAGUGCUCAGACUGCGGCAAGACCUUCUCGUCCCUGGCCAACCUGUCUCGCCACAACCUCACCCACUCUGGCGUGCGCCCCUACCGCUGCGACAUCUGCCACCGGACAUUUACCCAGUCAUCCAACCUCCGGCAGCACCGCCUGCUCCAUGCCAACCUCACUCCCUCGCCCUGCCCGGACUGCCCCGCCACCUUUGUACGGCCGGCCAAGCUAGCCGCCCACCGCUACACUGUGCACCCGGGGGCCCCGGCCCCGUUCUCCUGCACCCACUGCCAGGCUGGCUUCCUGCACAGGAGGAAGAGAGACCGCCACUGUCAGGAGGUCCACCCCACUGAGGCUCAGGCAGACGGAGAGGGAGGGUUAGAGAGCCAAGUGUGCCCUGAUGGGGAGCCCCUCUCAGAGCCCUCCACCUCAGAAGACCCAGGGACCACCAGCAGCACGCGAGGGGGCCUGGACUGCACUGUGUGUGGGAAGAAGCUCAACUCUGCAGCGAACUGGCGUCUGCAUCAGCUGAGCCACGGCCUGGUUCCUGGUCGGUCCUGUGGUGGUGCAGUGCCCAGGGGUAAAUCCCACCAGUGCCUCACCUGCGGUAAGCUGUUUGUCUCCUCCUCUGGCGUGGCCUUGCAUCAGCGCAUCCACACAGGAGAGCGCCCCUUCCCCUGCAACCUGUGUGGCAAGCGCUUCCGGCAGAACACGCACCUGCGAGAGCACCUGCGCACACACACAGGGGAGCGGCCGUUCCGCUGCGAAAUAUGUGACAAGGGCUUUGUCCAGAGCAUGCACCUGGCGGAGCACCGGCGUACACACACGGGGGAGCGCCCCCACGCCUGUCUGGUGUGUGGCAAGGCCUUCAAGUCCUUCUCCAACCUGCGGAACCACAGGAAGACCCACGCACGCCAGCAGGGGCAGGAGGAGGCGGCCGCAGCACAGGUUGCCAUGGAGACCAGCGCCGCCGUGGCGCUAGUGGAGGCAUCCCAGGUGGAACUGGCCAAUGGGCAGCCUCAGCUGAUCCACAUACAGACGUCGGACCUCCAGCAGACCCAGGGCACUCCCACCAUCAUGUGUAAUGAGUUUGGGGAGACCAUCGCCAUCAUAGAGACCAGUGAGGGAGGAACCCUGCCCCUGGCUGAGGCUAUAGAGAUCUACCACACAGCCCUGGAGAACAGUCUGGGGAUGGACUCCAUCACUGUAGAAAGCCUACAGCUCAUCUAACAGUCUGGGGAUGGACUCCAUCACUGUAGAAAGCCUACAGCUCAUCUAACAGUCUGGGGAUGGACUCCAUCACUGUAGAAAGCCUACAGCUCAUCUAACGGCCAGACAGAGACAACUCAGAACCAUGACAGGACCAUCAGAUAACCCUCACAGAACCCACACACGACUAUCUAGAUACUCUGAGGGUCAAAGAGACACGACUCAGAACUAUCACAGAACCGUCAUAGAACCAUCAAACAAGCCUCACAGAAUGAUCUACAGCUACUGAGAGCCAGUGAGAGAGGCUCAACUAUCGGAGAACCGUGACAGAACCUCCUGUGUGGGCUGUGGGACUGUACUGACUCUUGACUGGCAGAGAGCAUGUUUUACUGACUGUUAUCGUUAUCCCAUUGGGGUGAAUGUAUGGGGAGGAGUGGGAGAAACAUUAAACUAUGAUCUAGUGAACUACAGGAGUGUAGAAAAACGGCUGGUGUGGUUGUCAUUGUUGAGUAUAAAAAUGAUUGUCUACAAUUGCCGCAGGCAGGACAACAAUGGGUGUUCAUUCACUCCUACAGACCAACUUGUGUUACGAUCUCAUGUUCAGAAAGAAAGGUCAGAUCCGGUCAGUGGUGGCGGAGAGGUAGUUGUGACAGACGUGAAUCGAGGGCCAUUUCCUGUGCUUCGGUCAUGUUCUUGACUGCCCAUGGAUGUUCAUUCAGUGCUCGUCUGUAAUAUGAGAUUUUUACUUUGAAAACAAUGACUUUUCCUCAUUUUGCUGUAAAUAGAUAAAUUAAUGAUUAAAUGAUGUUUGAUAAUA